ACCCAUUUUUUUCUCAACGUAAGGGAAAAAAAUGGAGUCAAAUAAAACCUUUCGGAUCAUCGUGAUCUUCACGGUUUCUAUUUUGGUCACGAUCUCUACGCCUGUAGAAUCCAAAUGUGCACCACCUUCCGAAUCAGAGUCUCCAUCUUCGGCACCAGCUCCGGGACCAGAACUUAUGAAACCGACCACUAGUCCGGCAAAUUCUCCGGCGGAGUUAGAUAUAUACUCUCCCGCGGCGUCACCAGAAGCUCCCGCCGAUUCAAUUUCCCCAGCGAAUGCUCCGGCGGAGAUAGAUAUCGACUCUCCUGCAGCGUCACCAGAGGCUCCUGUCGUGUCACCAGAAGCUCCCGCCGAGUCUUCCUCUGCUGCACCAUCUGGAAUCAAAGCUUCGAGUUCGCCGAGAAGCCUUUUGAACCCGCCAUUGUUAUCUCCGGAGAUCAAAACCAUUUGCGGCAAAACCGAUAACCCUCCGUUAUGCGAAUCUUCCGUUAGUCCUCUGUUAACGCCUCAACUGAAACCAGACACUUCCUCCGUCCUUAUUCUCGCGAUUCAAGCUUCGAUUAACGCGACCAAGGCGGCUAUGGCCACCGUCGAAAAAGCAGGCGCCUCCGAUUGUCAGGAGUUGUACGAUGACGCCGUUGUGAAUUUGGAAGACGCGGUUAACGCUGUUAAGUCACGUGACAUUGCCACCGUUAACACAAACUUGAGCGCCGCGAUGACAGAUUACAGCACGUGUAACGACGGUUUUGAAGAAGCGGGAGAGCCUAACCCGUUGGCUGACGUGGCCGAUAAGCUUACGAAGAUGGUUAGUAACUGUCUCGCCAUCUCUACGUUGAUCAAGUGAAAUACGACAGCGUUUUGAAUAUAUGAAGUGUUUUGUUUUCUUUAAAUUUGGGACUUGGAUGGGUUUGAACAUGGUACUACGUCGUUUUCGAAUAUCCAAAAUUCCAAGUAUGUUCAAAGAACGUCAAAUCUUUUUUAGGCUUAUGUUGUAACGUUUACCCAAAUAUAGAUUAUGAUGCUUC